GUUUCUUGUUUUUCAUUGACCUCUUUUACAUGAAACCUUAAAAAGAGGUUUUAAGCCAUGUUAGUUAACAAUCUUUCUAUAUAUAUAUAUAAUCACCCCCAAGAUUUCACGGAGCAUUUCUUGUAGAACAUCUUUAUAUACUCUCUCUCUCUCUCUCUCUCUCUCUAUAUAUAUAUAUAAAACUACACAAAUCACACAAAGCAUUUCAUUUCAGACAAUGGCGUUUUUUCAACCAUCAAGAAAAUCCCAUGGUGUUGAGAUAGUUUUGGCGUUGUUUAUAUUGGAAUUAGUAAGUUUGAGUGUAGUGGAAUGCGGAGGACCAAAAGGUCCAGAAUUGAUCUACUCUGCAAUAAGUUGUCGGAAACACAGCGCGUCUUUGACGGAAUUUGGAGGGAUCGGAGAUGGGAAAACGUCGAACACGAAGGCGUUUCGAUCUGCAAUCACUCAUCUCAGCCAGUUUGCAUCGGACGGUGGAGCGGAGCUCAUCGUGCCGCCGGGGAAAUGGCUGACGGGGAGUUUCAAUCUCACCAGCCGAUUCACUUUGUAUAUCCACAAGGAUGCAGUUCUUCUUGCUUCUCAGGAUGAGUCUGAAUGGCCUGUUGUUGAGGUAUUGCCUUCUUACGGGAGAGGAAGAGAUGCCCCGGGAGGAAGGUAUAGCAGUCUCAUUUUCGGAACAAACCUCACUGAUGUGGUGAUUACAGGUGGUAAUGGCACACUUGAUGGCCAGGGUGCAUCUUGGUGGAAAAAGUUCAAGGCAAAUGAGCUGAAUCUCACUAGGCCUUACCUAAUCGAAAUCAUGUACUCGAACCAUGUCCAGAUAUCGAACCUUACUUUGAUCAACUCUCCAUCAUGGAAUGUCCAUCCAAUUUACAGCAGGAACGUAAUCAUCCAAGGGCUGACAAUCCUUGCACCAACCGACUCUCCUAAUACAGAUGGAAUAAACCCAGAUUCUUGCCAUUAUACGCGCAUUGAAGACUGUUACAUAGUCUCAGGGGACGACUGCAUUGCAGUGAAGAGUGGUUGGGACCAAUAUGGUAUCAAAUUCGGAAUGCCAACAGUGCAUCUAAGCAUCCGUAGGGUCACCUGCAUUUCCCCCGACAGUGCUGUCAUCGCUCUUGGCAGUGAAAUGUCGGGUGGAAUACAAGAUGUGAGAGCAGAGGACAUCACUGCCAUCAAUUCUGAAUCCGGUGUGAGGAUCAAAACUGCUCCGGGAAGGGGUGGCUACGUGAAGGACAUCUACGCGAGAAGAUUCAAUAUGCACACAAUGAGGAGGCAUGUAUUUUGGAUGACAGGUGACUAUGGGUCACACCCUGAUAACAAUUCGGACCCCAAUGCACUUCCUGUCAUCAAGAACAUAAAUUUUAGAGACAUGGUCGCGGAGAAUGUCACCAUGGCUGCAAAACUCGCGGGAAUUGAUGGGCAUCCUUUUACCGGGAUAUGCAUCUCUAAUGUCUCGAUUAAUUUGUCUCCGGACUCCAAGAAAUUGCAGUGGAAUUGUUCUGACAUUCAGGGAGUUGCGAGCAAUGUGAGUCCGAAGCCAUGUGAGCUGUUGGCUGAUGCAGGAGGCAAGGACUGCCCUUUCCCGGAUGAUAAGCUGCCCAUUGAUGAUGUUAAGUUGAAGAUUUGUUCUAGCAAUAGCAGCGACAACUCUACGGACAAAAGCGCUUCCAGCAACGCCAAAUGGGGCCUAAGUGGGAUAAAAAUGAUUGUAUGGUACAUUUUCAUUGGGUGGACAUACCAAUGACGUGGUAUGCUUGGCACAUCCAAUAUCCUUUCUCGAGUCCUCAUUUCAGAGGUUUCCAGGUUAUGUUCAAUAUUUAUAGAGCAGAUUCAGAAAGCUGAAAGUUUGUCCUGAAAGUACUUUCAGAAAAUGCUUCUACAACAACUGCCAUAUGUAUGUAUAUGCACCAGAAAGAUUAUGAACAAAAGGUGACUCAUAUUAUGAUGUAUAUUUCAGUUAAGCUACAUUGUGUACAACUAUAAUUUUAGAAGUUAAUAAACUUAAAACAUGAUAUUUAAGCUA